AGCUGUGUACUUAAAUGAUUUUGGAUUAGAUUAUCAGAUUCAUUUGCAGAAUCUUAAGAUAUGUUAUUAGUCCACAAUUUUUUUUUUUUUAAUUCUGAUGGUUUUCUUUGUUUAUUGUUCUUUUGAUCAACAAAGAUGUAAACUUUACUCCUUUGUUGUGUUUUAUCUUGAAUUGAGGCUAUUGGUUCUGUCAGUAUAGUACUUGGAUUGUCAAUUUCUCCAUAUAAAGUCGUGAAAUUUUGUUUCAUCAAGAGUAGAAUUGCUCAGGUGCUUGGAUUUCAAUCUAAUUUUCAUGCUAUAGUACCUUUUCGAUCAAGUAAAUCUUGAAAAAGUGAAUUGUUAAUGGGGUCUGAAGGGCCUCCAGCUGUAACAAUCCAUGUGACUGGAUUCAAGAAAUUCCAUGGAGUUGCUGAGAAUCCAACUGAGACAAUUGUUGGUAAUCUAAAAGAGUACAUGAAGAAGAAGGGCAUGCCAAAAGGCGUGAUUCUGGGGAGUUGCAGUGUUCUCGAGUCUGCAGGACAAGGAGCGGUUGCUCCACUUUACCAAAUAUUUCAAUCUUCCAUAAACUCGAAGGAUUCUGAAUCCUCAAGUCCUGGAAGAAUCAUUUGGCUACACUUUGGGGUCAAUAGUGGGGCAACAAGAUUUGCCAUUGAGCAUCAAGCUGUCAAUGAAGCUACUUUUCGCUGUCCAGAUGAGUUGGGAUGGAAGCCACAGAAAGUACCCAUCAUUCCUUCAGAUGGUGGAAUUUCACGAGUUCGAGAGACCACUCUUCCCGUCCAGGAGCUCACAAAGAUCUUGACAAAGAAAGGCUAUGAGGUGAUGACAUCUGAUGAUGCAGGCCGAUUUGUAUGCAAUUAUGUUUACUACCAUUCACUUCGGUUCGCAGAGCAAAAUGGGACAAAGUCUCUCUUUGUGCAUGUACCUCUGUUCUUGACCAUAGAUGAGGAGACGCAAAUGCAAUUUGCUGCUUCCUUGUUGGAGGUACUUGCUUCUUUGUAUUAAUAAUAUCUAUUAGCAUCCAUCUUGCUCUUAAUCUCCACAAGCAUUUAAGCUUGUACAGUUAUGGAUGACUAUUGUUAAGGUGGAUGCUUGUAUUGAAAUGUUCUAAUAAACGAAUGGGUGUAUGGUGAAUGAAAAAAAGUGUGUUAAUUGGUUGCUCAAA